AUGGGGCAAGGUGAACAGCCUGUAGUUCACCCUUUCUUCCGCAAAGAUCUCGCCAUUCCGUCCCAAUCUACGUCGUCUGAAGGACAUGCCUCCGUCGCUCCAGCUAGAUCCAGCAAACCACCCUUGAACGUGCCCUCGCCCUCAAUUGCAACACCCAAUCCCGACCAGAUCACUCAGAUGCCAUUUCCAUACACUCUAGGAGUACCCAUGACUCCAGCUCCGAAUACUUCGAGCCCAGAUGAAGACCCAAAUGCUGGCAGACGCAAGAGGCGGAAGACCGAGCGGAGCAAGCACUCCGAACAUGAUCAACCUCUCCAAGCCGGCUUAUCUGGCUGGCUGGGGGUGGAAGCCCCUGCUUCUGUCGCUCCCAAAGCGCCGGUUAAGGAAGUGAACUCCAGUACGCCGUCUAUGUCGGCUGCACCUGCACCUGCACCCGCCCCGACCGAAUCCCAGUUCUGUACUACAAGCCUUGAGGAAGCACCCGCAUCCAAAGCCAGUACACCCUCGCAGGAUGUAUCAACAAAACCACGGAAAAUUGUCAAGUUGAACACCAAUGGCCGAUUGCUCAGUUCACCUCCACUGGGUCCCCCAGAGACUACCGCGCCGAAGCAAGCAGGUGGCAAACGAGGUCGAAUCCGGAAGGCAGAAAGCAAGCUUGUGAUUCUCAAAUAUGCCCUUGCGAAAAGAGACGAUAUCGGGAAGAUAAUAGACGACAUACUCGGUGGUCGUACAAAACACCUCGCUCCUUCACCCCCUCAUGCGGCUUCUCUUCGUCGUCCUAUACAACCGCCUAUUAGAACCAACAAACCGACUCAUCCAUUUUUUGUGAAGAAAGCACCCAUAAAUUCGCCAGGUGCUUCUGGUUCUGACCCUCAAUCCACCACAGAAAACCCGGAUAGUAAGACUAUUCCAGACGGCAAACAAUCGCAAACUGUCGAAGCAAAAGGGCAGCAGAGACCCACGCGGCCGCUGUUUUCUGGAUUCGCGCAUCGAACAAACAAAUUCCCCGAGUUGGUUCAUCCACUAUGGCCGCCUCGAGACCUAGUUCAUAUCACAGAUCUUGACCCUUCUGCGUUGACUCGGUCUUCAAUGGAAAGCCCGGAGAAUGAUCACAAAAAAUCCAAAUCGCCAACCAUCGCGGUGACAGACGAAGAGAAUGCUCUUCUUGUCAGCACUGCAUGGGCCCGUAAAUGUGCUGCCCUUGAACUGCAAUCUCCUAAAACCAAGAAAUCAGCUCUGCGCCUUCCAGGCCGACAUCUCGCCAGUGGGCGUACACUGCAGGCCGCUAUCGAUAGCCAAAUGUCUUGGUCGUUGCCUGGCGAAACCCCAUCGUACGCUUCCACUUUACCGGUGAUCAAGAGCCUUCACUCCUCUUUACUCUCAUCUGUUUCUGCUUUUGAUUGUGGAAAGUACGAAUCGCGCCUUUGGUGCCACAAGUACAGUCCGACUAAAGCAGAAGAUGUCCUUCAAGUCGGUCGGGAGGCUAGGAUGCUUCGCGACUGGCUUCGACAUCACAAAAUCAGCGCAGUCGAUAGUGGUAAGCAGCCCAAAGAAGGCGUCAGGCCCAAGGUUAAACGUGAUAAGAAGCGGAAGAAGCGCAAGGACGACGACGAGCUUGACGGUUUCAUUGUCUCUAGUGGAGAGGAGGCAUCCGAAAUGGAUGCCCUCUCAGGCUCAGAUGAUGAGCUGGCGGGCGAUGUUACUGUAUCAGCCCCCAAGAGCCUCAUUCGAUCCGGAGAUCUUCCAGCAUGGAGGAGACAAAGGCCGGCUCAGCAAUGCCAUUCUUAUAAGUGGCCCCCCGGCUGCGGAAAGACAGCAUCUGUGUACGCGGUUGCCAAGGAGCUUGACUUUGAGGUCUUUGAGAUCAACCCUGGUACUCGACGAAGUGCCAGGGACAUGCUCGAGAGGGUUGGCGACAUGACACAAAAUCAUCUAGUCCACCUUCUGAAUGAUAAUGAUGAUUCUGUACCAAAGUCGAAGGAUCAGGUUCCGGUUGCUGACGGCAAGCAAAACAAACUGAUGAGCUUCUUCAAAGGUCAGCCGUCGAAGCUUAAAGAUACCAAAUCCACCAAAGGUAACAAAGCAAAGUCAAGUCCUGCUCCUGAGUCUGAGUGCAAGCGGGGACGUGAGCAGAAACAGUCAUUGAUUCUUCUUGAAGAAGCCGAUGUGCUUUUUGAGGAAGAUCGCCAGUUUUGGACUGGAGUCAUGACACUGAUUAGCCAAUCCAAAAGGCCUAUAAUCAUUACUUGCAACGACGAAAGUGUGGUUCCAAUCCCAGACAUAUCUCUACACGCCAUCUUGAGAUACCAACGCCCCUCUCUCGAUCUUGCACUUGAUUAUUUACUUUUGGUGGCUGCUCACGAAGGGCACGCUUUGAAGAGAGAUGCUGUCAACAAGCUCUAUCACGCAUCUGGCAUGGACAUCCGCAGGUCGCUGAUGGACUUGAACUUUUGGUGUCAGAUGGCCGUUGGGAGUGAAAAGGCAGGCUUGGAUUGGAUUCUUCCUACCUGGCCCCCUGGGGCUAAUGUGGAUCCCAAUGGAGACCGAGAGCGGGUUCUCAGCUUGAACACCUACGAGUCGUACAUGGGCUGGUUCAACCGUGAUGCUUUAUUGGGUGAUGACUGCCUCACCAAAGAGACACAAGCUCUGGAGAACACCUUCAAGUGGUGGGGACUGAGCAUCCAGGAUGCUGAAGAUGCAGCUGGCGCGAGCCUUAUGGAGCACUUGCCUCCGCAACAACACCGAUCCAUGACUAAAAUCGAACAAUUGGAUCUGUUGACGCGCGAAACGGACUACCUAGAGAUGAGGAGCUCACUAGAUAUUCUUUGCUCCGGUUGUCCAAUGGACAUGUUCCAGGACGUCCUCGAUACCUCCGCUCCGCCAAUUCCAGAAUCCCAUCGGGCCAACUACAUUGACGCUCACCCGCUUUUGCAGGCCGACCUGCUACCUCAAUACUCCUGCCUGAGUGAGUCUAUUAGCACGGCAUUCGAUUCUUUCAUUUCUCGAGUUUUCCGCCCCAAGUCCGAGGAUAUGGAAUCUGCCGGCGCUGGUCGAAUUUUCAAUGCCUGGGCCCAGUCUGCUGCCCGUCAAAGCAUCUCGCCGCCGAUAGCAAAAGGCUUCCGAAAAGUAUUUGAGCCUAUCAUGCGAACAAGUUACUCUGCAUCUCUAUCAACAGGUCGACCUGCUCCGUCUUUUGAGAACGGCCUUGCACCCAUCACCGAGGACAUUGCUCCUUACGUUCGCGCGAUCAUGGUGUUUGACGGUCGUCUGAAACAAUAUAGGGACAAUCUUUUCGCGGCCUGGUCUCAAGAACAAGGGCGGACUGGAGAGAAACAAAUGCGGAAAACCCGUGCCAGUCGGGCAGCCCUGGAAGGAGGCAACAAGGCGUCGACUCGGAGGGAAAGAUGGUUCCCAGAUGACACGAACUAUUACGGGAUACAACGUACUGGCCGACUUGAGUGGCAGCAGAUCUUGUUUGAUAUGGGCCAUUUCCACGUUCAGCCGGUAGCUGACUCGGCUGCAGGGAGCAGCGAGCCUACUUCCGGCGACUGA